AUUCAAUAUCCACCCCUGAAUCUACUAUAUUUGACCUAAUUAUUUUACAUAUUACGCAAUUUCCGAUUUGUAAUCACAAUAUUCUCUCUCUCUCUCUUACCCCAUGUUGACCAUAUUUAUUUUGAUAAUUUAUCUCACAAUUUCAUUUCACUUAUAAACUGAUUCAAGUUAACACUUCGUAUUAGUCAGCCCCAACAUUAACGAUUUUAUUUUAUAUAACAAACAAUUCCUGAUUUACAUAUUACAAUUUCCAAAUGAUGAUGUAUUUUGCCUUAAAUCUGGCCAAUUUUAUGGAUUAUUAAUCUGGAUUUAUAAUUGUAGAACCUGAUGAGAAAUUAUUGAAAAGAAUAUUCUUCGUUCAUACAAUUGUGUUUUUAAUAUAAUGGGAAUUUUUCAGCAAUUUGUGAAUUGUCGAUAUUGAAAUUUAUAUGGAUCGCGAUCAGUUUGCUGCUCUUGUUCGAGAGGUGGCGGCACCAGAUGUAGGACGAAUGGGAAUUGAGAUAUUAAGUUUUACCAUAAAAGAUGUUUAUGAUCGUGUGGAAUACUUAAAUUCUCUGGGACGUGCACAAACAGCAAACGUCAAAAGAGAUGCUGACAUCGGAGUUGCUGAAGCAGAACGUGAUGCUGGAAUCAAGGAAGCAGAAUGUGAUCGUUGUCGUUUGGACGUUCGUUAUUCAGCCGAUACGCAUAUUGCUAAUUCAAGUCGUGAAUUUCAAUUGAGGAAGGCUAGUUUUGAUCAAGAGGUUAAUACAGCUCGUGCAGAAUCUGAAUUGGCCUAUAAAUUACAGGCUGCUAAAGAGAGACAAAAAAUUCGAAAAGAAGAAGUGAACAUUAAUAUUGUUGAACGUCGUAAACAAAUUGAAAUAGAAGAAAAAGGCAUAUUAUGUACUGAAAAGAAUAUGGAUGCUACUGUACGACGUCCAGCUGAAGCAGAAGCUUAUAGACUACAACAAAUAGCUGAGGGUUAUAGAUCACAAAAAAUUCUUUUAGCUCAAGCUGAGGCCGAUGGUAUUCGUCUUAAAGGUAUUGCUAAAGCUGAAGCUAUGGAAGCUGUUGGACGGGCAGAAGCUGAGAGAAUGCGUUUGAGGGCUGAAGCUUAUAGUAAAUACGGUGAUGCUGCUAUUCUAAAUCUCAUAUUGGAUACAUUACCGCAAAUAGCUGCUGAAGUUGCUGCUCCACUGAGCAAAACUAAAGAAAUUGUUAUUAUGAAUGGUUCUAAUGGCGAACCGGCUACUUUACAAAGUCUCACUAAUCUGGGCAAAGAUUUUACUACAUUAGUUGGGACUGUUCCACAUGCUAUUCGAGCUCUAACAAAUGUUGAUCUUAGUCAGACUAUUUCCAAGAUUCCAGGAGCUAAAGUUGUCCCACCGCAAGGGAUAUGACAUUGUGUAAAAUAUACGAAUCAAGCAUCGAAUAUACUUAUGUUUUUGAAAUCCUUUCCAUUUUCAUAAAAAAUGACCUAUCCUAGUAUGUUCUCUUUUAAAUACAGUGCACCUCCCAACAGACUUUUUUCCUGUGAACUAUUAUAUGUGAUAUACAAGAUAAAUUAACUUUACUGCUUUUCGUUCGAUUUCGGCAUUUCUACUAUCUUUUCCAACACUGAUUUAAUGUCUCUUUCCAUAAUUUAUCAGUAGCCUUGUCUAUAAUAGUUCCUUUGAUAAAACAAUUCCCUGUUUCGCUUUAAUUUCAAUUAGUGUUGUACAUUUAACAAUUUUCUAAUGGCAAUUCGUACUUAUUCUACAUAGAGAAGUUGCGUAUUUGUAAAACUGAUUUUUUAAUUGUGUUUCUAUAUUGAUAAUUUUGGUCUAGAAAACCACCAUUGUUUCAUUCUGUUGUUCUUUUUGUUCUUCCUACUUUGUGAAUUUGGUUUGAAACCAUUUAAAUUUUGUGAUCUACACUUUCUUUUAAAAAAAAUUCAGAAAACCAA